AUGCAGUUGCUUUGCGCCCUGUUGCGCACGGAAGGGCCCCAAGCCACUGAAACCGUGGACGCACUGCUCCGACCACAUGGGGAACAGCUCGCAAGCCUCCCCAGCAGAGUUGGGUGCAUGGUGGCAUCCAAGCUCAGGGUGGCAGAGGAAGCCGAGAUUCCAUACUACUUGGCUCAGGUUGAUCAAAAUCUCUUCGAAUAUCCCAAGGUUCAGGUCGACGUAAAGCUUUUGCGCUUGCCAGCGCAUUGUGCGUGUUAUCCAAGCAUCCUUGGAGCUUUGGCAGCAACAGCCAACAAAGAGACGCUGGAGUCGGAUACGGUUUAUGCCAUCCUUUCUGCUGCUUGGGUUCAACAUCGCUGGACGAGCAUGAUGGAUAUAGUCUUAAACAUCCUCAAUGUCAUGAUGCUCUGUAUCACGUCACUGAAUUACCACGGUCCGGAUUUCAUAGCACCGCCUGAGACCGUCAUCGCUGUCCUUGCAGCACUGCACCUAAAAGAAACGGCUGAAUGGCUGUUUGAAUGCCUACGUGGCUUCUAUGGCUCACUGUCCAGACUGAAGCAAUGCAUGCAAGGAAGAUGGGUGAAGGCAGCCCCUGUGUUCACCAGUGGCGACUUCUUAUUGGACACCGUUUACUGCAUCACCGGCCACAUCGUGAUCUGCAAGCAGCUGGGCAUUUUGGACUUGGGAGACACAGGUGCCAAGCGAUGGAUUGCGUUUUUCAGCGGCAUGGCUUGGCUUCGGAUGCUUUACAGCAUGCGCGGAGAGAAAUGGCUUGGACCCCGACUCCUGCCAAUCUUAGCUGCGAUUAAAGAUACUGCGGCCUUCUUCUUCAUAACGACCGUUUGCGUGUUUGCCCUAGCUCACGCAUACUAUCAACUGUCGCUCCGUGCUGAAGACCAUUUCCCCGCCUACAUGUCCUUGAUUCAAACUUUUCGUUUGGGUAUCCUGGGUGAUUUUGAUUUAUUCGAGCUCGAAGGCAAGGAUGUGGAGUAUGAGCGUGUGGCAGAUGGGGAUUCGGAGAGAUGGGUACCGCAAGAUCCUGAGCCUGGAAAGGAUUACAUCUACGUCCAUCUAAUGUUCUUCGUGGCCAGUAUCGGGUUGGCAGUGCUGCUCAUGAACAUAUUCAUUGCGGUCUUGGGCCAAAACUUGGAGCUGUUUCAGGAUCAGGCCGCUCAACUGUUCGCCCGAUCAAGGGCUAAGAUGCUUCUGGAGCAUCAUCAGCGCCCUUGGGCCAGAAUUUGGCAGAGCUUCGGCGCACGGACGGAGUCCAGGGAGCCAGACCAGCUCAAGUGGUCCACAGACCAUUUGCGCGCACCUUGCAUUCUAAGCUUGAGCCUGUUGCCGCUGGUUGGCAUCUUCGGAAGUGAAAUUUUCAUGUGGAUUGAUCGUAAGUUCUCAGAGAGAGGCCUCGGAAAGUUGACCACAGCUGUCCUGUGCUUGAUCUGCCCCGUGCCAUUAUUGCUUUCCUUGACCAUGCUCAUCCUCGUCGCAUGCUUUUCCUUAGUCUUCAAAUGGGAGAGCCUGAAGCGCUGGUGCCGCAUCGUAUUCCUGGGCUUGUAUCUGACUCCAGCUCAAGAGCACCUUUACAUCAGCCGGGCAUCGAGUUGCUUCAUCUGGGUUUUCGUCCGGCGCGAGGCUCCUAAAGAGGAGCUUCGAAGCACUCGGACAGCCUUGGAGGCCAAGAUGCAACGCAUGGAGAAGAAGAUGGACCAGGUGCUGAGCCUGCUCCACACGAGCUACAAAAUGCCACUGCUGAGCUGA